AAUAACAUAGAGCUGAGAACUACAUUCUCUGAAAAAGUGGUUGUGACUUUUCGAGAAAUGUUUUUGUUUUCUCUUUCCUUUCAAAAAUAACUUCCCUUCACCCUACUCAAUAUUGAAUACAUGUUUUUAAAGCACAAAUAAUAGAAAUACAAAUUCAACACUGUUUCAGGGGAAAAGAAGGCACCAUAAUGAAGAAAAUUGCAAAAAUUUCAUUUUACCUAGUCAACAAUUUUAUCUGGGAUUAUAAUGUCUUUAUUUCAUGUCUUUUCAUAGAUUUUGCCAAUCACAUAACAUUUUCAAGGGUGCCAUGUUUUCAUUGCUCUUUGGUAAAAUAUGUUUUCAUGAAUUUCAUGCUCUUUGGUAAAAAGAGUGCCAGAUGCUUUCCCCCCUCCUAAGCCCCCACCCUCCUCAGUACACGUUUUUAGUCGCUGCGCACUCUCCUUCGCAGCUCAGUAUGGCAUGGGUCGUGAAUGAAAUGGCUGACUUUUCUUGUCCAGGCUGUUUACAGUCAACCCACCGCAUUUUUCAGUGGUAUGAAAAAGACUUAGGAAAAUGGAUAUGAUCAAACCAGUCAUUACAGAUAUAGCUCUGUGUGGCCUUGAAGGCAUCACACAGACAGAAUUAUGGACCAUGUUGAAGAACCAAGAGCCACCUUUGGCGAGAGAAGAUGAUGAUGACAUGAAAGAAUUUAUUUGGCAGAGGAUCACGAAAUCAGAACAUCUUCAGUUUUGGUAUUUUGAUAGCAAAAAGAAGGAUUUGAAAAAAGGAUCAAAGAAUAAACAAAAGGCUAGCAAUCAAUCCAAGGAGAAAUUCGAGGAUCCAACUGAUGAUGAUGGAGGUAUCAACGAAAUCUCAAAACUACCAGAAUCCUGGAUUGUUGAUGUUGAAAACAAGAUAUAUGGUUAUUGCCCAAAUUUCGAUAAAAGAGAGAAUAUUACACUAAAUGUAAGACAAGAAUCGCUUAGCCAUCUUGAUUUCCUUCAGAAAUGGGAUAAUGCCGUCUUCAUUGUUGCAACGAAGGAGCUCAGACGCCGUGUGCUAUUUGGAGAUGGCAAUCCACCUGACCUCAAAGUAACGCCAACACGCUACACGUUUCUGGAGAUUAUAGGGAAAACGCGAGAGCGCGGGUUUCUGCAGAAAGAUUUCCGCGAUUUCUCGAUGGACCCGCGUACUUCGUUUCAUCACGUGAAAGUUUUGAUUAACAUGGGUCUUGUCACAAAACAAGUGUAUAAUUUACGGCGCGGAGACAAGGCUGCUGGACCCAUCACACAAAUCCGGACCAAUAUUUUGUUCCUAAAGCAAUUCCACAGAACCAUUCACCAGGACAACGAUGCCCAUUGUGAAAAAAUCUGUCAGAUCCUAGAGUCAGAACCAGGGGGUAUGAUUGAGUUCAGUGAACUUAAAGACAAAAUUGGCUGCUCAAAGAAAGUCUUUUGUUCAGUAAGACGCAAUUUGUAUAGUAAAGGAUGCAUUCAGUAUUUGCAGAAUGGAAAAGUUUUUAACUUUGAAAAUGGGGAAGAAAAUCUCAUUCACAAGUUCCAUAGCUCUGUACCGCUAUACAUCCAACUGCUGAAACAAUUUAAUAAGGUUGACGGAGGUGAUGUGGACGAAGAUGAGGAUAGCAUGUUUAUGUCCAAAUGCAAAUUUACAGAGCCACAGCUUAUUCAGGGGAUCCCAUUAUUGCAGCAAGUUUAUUGGAUAAUAGACAGUGCGAAAGAAAGGGGAAUGACCAUUGAUGAAUUUGGUGCAAUCGCUUGUGUGCCCUAUUAUAUGGCAAGAUCAUUCACUAGACAACUUCAGCGAAGGAACUUGCUUAAGAUUAUCACAACGGAUAUUGCAAAACAGAAAGUUUAUCGUUUCGUAACGACAACUCAUGUGCACAGAAGCGAACAGUUUAAGAAAAUCACAGCGGAAAUUGAAAAGUCUGUGGAUUACAGAGAACAGACACUUGUAGCCAUUGAUAGUCAAGGGAAGGGGCCUGAACGUAGCUCAAAAAUUAGCGAGCAAGGGACUUCGGCACUCACAAUAUCAACUGAAGCCAAAGUUGAGGCGAAUGUAAGCAUCCCUGAAUCUGUGCAGACGGUCGAAAGCGAAAAGGGGAAAUCAAAGGCGUCUCUUUCUAUAAGAGGAAUGCGGAGGCAAAACAAAAUAUUCGAAAAGAUUAGAGAACUUAAAGUCAUCGAAGGAUCCAACCAAAUAUACAAGGCUGUGCUGUUUUCUGAGCAAGAACUCGGCAUAAAAGAAACAGUUUGCAGAAAGAGCAUUCAUCGGAUACUCAAUCGCCUUGCUGAAACGAACAUGAUUAAGAAGUAUGAGGUCGAGAUUGAAGAAGAAGGCCAACCACCAAAGACAUUUGUUUACUACUGCGAUGCUAGUAUCACCAGGGAGGAUCAGCUCUUCAAGACAGCUGUCAAUGAAACGAAAUUCAGAAUAAAGGGAAUCGUCGAAAACAAACUACAACGGAAGAGCAAAGCAAGAGCAGAAUAUGUUGCAGAUCGCAACAGCAAGGCCCCAAACAACGUGUCCUUAAUGGACUUUGUCACUACCGAAGGAGAUGCUCAGGAUGGAGACGAGACAGAUACUGAUGAUGAGGCUUACGAGCCGUUGACUGGAUCUGGCUAUCAACGGCCUCAAUAUGGUUUUUUGCCUCGCUUUCCCCGUAUCCGCAUGCUGCAUUUCUAUAUUUGGCAACUGGUGUACGGCAACGAAGGAGAUGUACCUGCGGAUGACAUCGCCGAGUUGGAGGAGCACGGGGAUAGCUAUUAUAUUGGUAGUUUCGACUGGGUCUCAAACUUGAAGAAAUUGCCACCAAACAGACACGGCAAAGGCUAUUUCCAGACCGGGGACGUUUUGGCAAUUAUGCCUUUACUGGUGUUCACAAAAUGUGUCGGCAUUUGUGCCAAAAGCAAAACCCUGGAGAAUAUGCUGAAGCACCCGACCAAGAGGUAUACACCCCUCAGGGACUUGCCUCCCCGCCUCAAAGGAAAAUUGCUCCGAUUGAAAAAGGGUGUUGGUAGCUACGUUGGGCACUUCAUCGAGUCGCUUCUUCUUCUUACACAUAUGGGCCUGUUUUACACAACCCCGGAGAAACUGCCUGCUAACAGAACUCAAAUCGUUCUUUUUGUAAGCAGAGAGGCGAUGCUGCUGGACACAACACUAUCAGAGAAAGGAUAUGCCAAGACGCGACUCCCUUCAGACAUGGAAGAGUUUCAAAAGCAGCUGUACAGAUUUGACGGUUUAACCAGCCUUUGCAAGUAUUGGAAGGACGUUCAGUACAUUUGUUUGAAUACAAGGCUUGGGCUGAUGAGAGCGCUACGAAAGCCCGCUCAAGAUCCAGAGGGCUAUGUCGAGAAAAGGCCUAGGGUGUACAGGACUUCCAUGACUUUGAGGGAUUUUCAGGAGCAUUUCCCAACUGAUGACCCCGCAAACGCGGUCCCUAAGCUGUUCGGCGAUGGCCUAGGUGCAGCUGGGUUUGAUUCGACAUUUUUUGGUCACUUGCCAAAGAACUGGGCCUACACGGAAACUAGGAAGAAGCAAAUUGCCCUACUCAAUGAGAAGAUGCUCGUCGCAAAAAACGAGUCAAGAAAUAUUAUACCCAUUACUGAAUUCCCGAGAAGGACAGUCAGCUCUGUUGCUGCAAAGGCGAACGAUGGUGGACGAGGCAAAAGACGGAAGCGAGUAUUUGACAACAAAAUUGUCAAUGAGGGAGUGCCCCACAAGAAAGGGAAAACCGAGGAAACCCAAGAAGCGACAGAUGCAAAGCUAAAGAAAUUGACAGUGGCCCGAUUAAAGCAGAAGGCAACGAAGAUAGCUAAGGUGAAAGCAAAAGGGCAUAAAUGCGUGAAGGAUGAUGUUGAUCUGGCUGCGUUGAAACGCAAAAUGUCUGUGAGAGUUAGUUUCAGCCCGCGGGAAGACGCAGCAAUCUUAAUGGCCCGCGUUACUGCUGGCCUUUUAGAGCUUGAUAUAAAGAAGCUGAAUUACUGGGUAGUGGCAAGGAACAUAUUUCACAAGGAGAUUCCGGAAUCAAACGACAAAACAACGGAAUCACUGGGACGUCGUGCUCGCUACAUGCUUAAGAAUUCGGCUACGGAUCAUAAUCUGAAGAGCUGCAUUUUAGAAUGCACUUCUGAUCCUGAUUUUGAGUUGAAAAAGCCAAGUCGGCAAGGAGAUGCUUGGAAAGCCGCUUUCAGAGAUGUGUACGAAAAAGUGAAAAAGCGAUUCCAGCAAAAACUAACACCUGUGGAGUUUCAACAUGAGUUACCGGACACUUUGAAGGAGCUUGAAGAAGCCUUCGUCAUCAGCAAAGCUUUUGACCAGACUUCCAACACUAAUACCAAGACUAAAGUACCAACCAGCAAAGAUAUAUGCCUCUGCGUCCUAGAGCAAAUCGUGCACAAUUCUCUUGCCAGUCAGAAUUUGAAGGAAAACAUUCCAUCACUGGUGUUCCAUGUUUUCGACCGCUACCCACCGAAUUGGCUAGAAGAAACCUUGAUUUCGAUGAAAGCCAAGUCACUGAUUUCGAGGCUGCGGCUCCGAGUGCCGCGAAGGCGAGCGCUGCCUAUAGCAACAAUGACAUACAGCUUGUCUGUUAGUUAUGAAAGGAUAUUCGAGAUGCCUAUUGCAAAUAACGUGUUUCCCGCUGCAAGAAAUUUCUUGAAGAUGCUCAAAGAUGGUGCAAAGCAUGUUGGGAGGUCCAUUCUCGGAAAACAUAAUGGGAAUGCUAUUGUAAAUGACAAAUCGAAGGAUGGGGCGAAGAAAAAGGAAGAUGGCAAGUUAAAUACUCCUGAUGUAAGUAGCAAAAAUGCUGAGGGUCAAGAAAUUGUGGAGGAGGAUGGCAAAGAUUCACAGGGAACAAAUGACAGAGUACAGGGCACAGAAAGCUCCAAAACCGGAAAUGAUGAAGCUGCCUCGUCCACAUCUGCACAGAUUUUACCAGCCUCAAACCCAGGCUCAUUAGUCUACUCAAGAGACGAGAGUCUCGGUGGACACGUGGCAGGUAUUUUCAGUCUGGUUAUUUGCAACAAAGGCGUUAUGGAGCUGGAAAUUCCGGAUGACAUCGUCGAAUACAAUCAAUCAGCUAGUCAGGGUCUUGGCAAGACCGACGAUGAGAAUAAGAUUACGUCAGUUACGCUGCUAAAAAGAAAGCUGUAUUCAGAAAACAUCGAAGAGGCACUGGAGAUAGGAAAGAAUCUUAAUGAUAUGGAAGUGGAUGAAGAUUUUGACGAUGUGGUUGGUGAUGAUGAUAAUGAUGACCUAGAUGAGGAUGACGCUCAUACAGAAGAUGUUGCAGAAAAAACCCCUGGCGCAGAUACUUCUGAUACAGAAAGUCAGCCUGCAAUUGAGGAUGACGUAAUACGACCAAACAGCAAGUUAGGACAGCUUGAGAGUGGAUUUGAGAAAGAUGGCAGCACCCCUUUUGGUGGCAAAGAUAAUUCAGCUAGCACAAAUGAAAGACUUGAACGCAGCUGUUUAAAAACAAACCGCAAAAAUAAAACAGAUGGCGAUGAAAGUGCGAUACCUAAAAAACGACGCAGAGUGACUUUUGAAGAUGCCUCUUACAAAUCUGUGACCAUUCCUCUGGAACCGCGCGGAGAAAGUUCAACAACGCCGGACGUACGUGCGGUAGGAAACAAAACCAAGGCGUCUCCAAAAAAUCAAAGAAGAGACUUGCCAUGUGCGGUUAAUUUUGAGAUGAGCACUGCAAGCGGUACGAUGUCAUUUCUUUCCGACCGAAGUUAUGUAAGCAAAUUUGAUGAUGGCAAAAACUCAAAGCUAUGCAAAAUAACAGAACUUUCAAAUCUUAACGACGAACAGGUAGAUGCUACAGCCAAGAGCUCUUUGGCUAUCGUGCCUUCGCGAAGCUUGGAGAUCCGGAAAACGAAGAUGCACACAUCACGGACUACGCUCAUGCUACACAGAUCCCUGGAGCAUGAAUCGACUCAAAGUCGGAUGGUUAUAUCACCGGACAGUUUCAUAGUGAACCCGAUGAAAGUCACUUGCCAUUCACUCCUGCAGCCUCACUCGGAUGAUUUCUCUACCUUCGAAAGAGGUCAUUUGAUGUCUAGCCUCGUUUCUUCAGACAACGAAAGCCCUCAAGGACAUGCUGCGAUUCAAAGAUUUAUCGAAAGAAAAUCAACAGUCUAUUGCAAACGCGACAACGAGAAAUGUUUUGAUGAAGAGGGCAUGGAAGAUUUUUUUGCAAUGAUGAAGAAACAUUUCAGUUGGAAUAAAAACGAGGUUGCAUUUGCAAAAGAGGUUGUACAUAGCAUUCUCGAAACGCAGGAAAUUGGCUUCACUGAAAAUGACAUAUUGAAUGUAUACGUAAAAUACCAAGGGUUGCGAGCCAUAGAAGAAAUCUUAAACAUGCUUUUGAAUUUCCGGAUUUUGAUGAAGGUUGGUAUGAAUGUUACAAGGUUUGUAACUGCCAAUCAUGCAGCUGAAUGGUGCAUAACAACGCCACAUCGUGUAUCAAAAGGAUUCGAUCAUGCAACUGCCCUAAAAGGGAAGACAGUGCCAGCUGGAGCCAAUGAAGGUAUGGCUGUGGAGGGGCAAAUUGAGGUUAAAACCGAUUCUAGUCUUUCAAACAAAGAUGAGUGUGUUAAAACUGACUUGUUAACUGAAGGUAAAAAGCCGGUUUCGGAGGAAGCCCAAUCGAACACCAACAAUGUGUGUAUCACGCAAGAAACUUCGAAAAUUAAUAAGGAUAACAUAUUAAAGGAACCAGAGAAAGAAAUGGAAAUCACGUCACAGAAAAUUCAAGAUAAAACUGCAAAUGAAAGCAUAUCUAAAGAAGAUAAUACUAUUGGUGAAGAAGCCAAUGAAAAUGAUGGGGCGAACGAGUCGGGCUCAAAUUUGAAGAAACGAGCUAUUAAGUUGUGUGAUAAAUCUAGUGUUGUGAAACGCUCAAGAGGUGUAAAAGAAGCAGAUUUUGUUAAGGUAAGAGAGAAAGUUGAAGUUAGCCAUACCGGUCGUCAAAUAAACAAUUCGGAAUCAAAGAAAGAAGAAGAGAGUGGAAAUGAUAAUGGAAAAGCUGAGAAAAGCAAACUCAUAUUUAACCAAGUCGUUUGCCGUCCUUGGUUCAAACUGAAUAGCGAGUACAACACGUUGAUAUUGCGUAAAUUUCAACGCUCCAUUCUGUCACUCGUAAUGAUGUGUCCGGGAAUUACUGAAUCUUCAAUCCACGGACAGUUUCGGACGGUAAUGACUCGAGUUGCUGUCAAAGAUAUUCUAUUCUUUUUAGAAAUGAGUGGUUGUGUUACGAGGCACCCGUCGCCCACCAAAAAGAAAAUCCAUGCUUUUGACCCACCAGCCUCGUCAACUGAUCUGAAAUUCUCUGACGACGACCCAUACUUCAUACCAACAGCAAACUGCGUCUUGAAUUUAGCCGACGUAAGCUAGUCAAAUAUCGAUGAAUAUUCAUAUAUUUUGGUGCACGUAGAGUGUUCUUAUUAGGGUAUUUAGUCACAAAGUCGCUUAAGCAAGCUGUGACAUCCUCAUUUCCGUAGACCUUCGCAGCCUCGUUCCCAUAAUGUUGCAGAUAACUUGCAUCUGAGACCUAGUAGCGUAGUGAGGGGGAGGCAAGAGGGGGGCUGACCCCCCAUCCCCAAUGGCAAAACAUUUCUUUGCAAAGGGCGUUUCCUGGCGUUCCAAAGCCUAUAGACCCAAAUUUUUCCCUCGCUCAACUCGCCUCCUGUGCCCCCUUCAAUCUUAUAGCCCUGGCUACGCUACUGUCGAGACCCGUGAAUUUCAUUUAAACCUAAUGCAUUUCGAUUAUCGCAACCUUGCCGUUGUUUUUUGAAGGGCUUUCAGAGGCUCUACAUAUUGGCUGCUAAGUGACCUUACGCUUUUCGAGAUUCUACCGAAAAGCCUUUAUCUCUUUCGGUAGUUUACCAGUCAAACUUAUUACAAGGAUCCAGUAUAUUCUUAAGCUUCGCAACGCACACGUUGUUUUGUGGCCUUACUCUUCAUAUAGUUUCUUCUUGGAAUAUCAUGUUCCCCACUGGAUAUUGUAACUGUUUUUGAUAACGUGUAUCUUUAACUUGUGUCUACUAUGAAUCUAACACUCGCAGUAUCAUAGGUUUUGCCAUAAACCUUUUUUAUAUCAGUUUUCCAUUUCUCAGAAGUCCUGAAUUUUGUUCAAGAUAAACUUCUCUUGCAUUUUUGGCAAGUAACGAAAACAGCAGGGUGUGAUUUUGGUGUGACCAUUUAUUCAAAUGUUGCAGGAGCACAAUUUUGUAUCGAUCAUUUUGUAGUUUUGUCUCGAUGUUUUUCUUAUCAGCUUUAGCCUGUAAACUAUUUAAGUUAUUAAUUACAGUAACUACUUAGGAUUCAAGCAGAAAUUUGUAACUUAUUUUUAAAUCAGUAUCAUAUCAGUAAUAUCAAAACAUGGGGUUUUUUUCUUAUAGCUUUAUAUCAUUACGUCAUAUAUGUUUUAAGAGUCCGACAUUUAUGAUCUUAACGGUCAAUUUUAUUAUUUUUUGCUCGAAAAGUGGAUGUUUAACAAGUUUUUUACAAAGGCAUUUGUUACGAAUUUAUCAAGAUGACCCAAUUUGAAAAAUCUAUAGAUAGAAAAAGCACUGACCCGAGGGACGGCUAGGUACAUGCACGAAAUUCUACGACCGUACAAAAUGGAAGUACAAGUCUAGGGCUGAGAUAGCUAGGGGCUAAAGGGCCCCCGCAAAUUUUAAAGAUACACUAAUUUUUGAAAGGUAAUUUUGAGAACCUCUAUGUUCUAUAUUAGAGAGAAAAUCCACCCCCCCCCCCCCUAAACAAAUUUUUCGAGACAAACUCGGCCUUGCUACAAAUGUUUAAAUAAAGCUCACGUGAUUCGUGAAUGAAGUCUUGAAUUGUUUCUUGAGAGAACAUGUGACUUUAAACUUAUAAUUGCAUAAACUGAUCUUUUCGUGCAUUUUCAUUUAAGCUACCUACACUGCAUUUAGAAUGUAUUUAACAUGUUGUCGUUAACCUAUGUGAAUUUGUUUUCAAUCGUUUUAUCAUUUCCAUCAGAAUCAAAUCUCUUUAGAUACGUUUGUUUAAAACACAUUGUUUUUAUAUACCUCUUCUUCAA